UACGGAAGUAGUUUGUUUGUCAAACCCAACGAAACUAUCGCGUCACUUUAAGCCCUCAGGUGAAGGAGAUGAGAGGACGCAGUGGAAUUCACUUUAUGCAACUCUGAAAGUUCCAUACAGAACUUUUAUAACUGGAUUAUUCCUUUCAAACUGUCAAGGGGAAAAGACGUGGAUAAACUGAUCCGAACAUCAGACGCGCGCUCGUCUGUUUGGUGCCUUUGGAUCGCAGAACUAGUCCUGGAGAAACAUGAGUUCUGCCGCGUAUGCACAGGAGGGUAAUGGAGGCCCCGAGCAGGUGACAUUCCUGGGGAGUAAUCAGAAGAAAGCAUCAAAUCGAAAGACUGGUAUUGCCAUCGGGGUUAUCAUUGCCCUGCUAGUAGUCGCUGCGGUGGUCGGAUUUCUUGUGUGGCUCUUUGUUGUUAGAACCAAAGAACUUGAAGAUCAGUCCACCAUUGAGAAACACAGCUCAUCAACACUGGUUUACAGCGGACAGAUAAGACUUCUCAAACCAGAGUUCAACCCAGCAUACGAGAACCCAGAGACUCCACAAUUCCAACAAGCAGCGAAAGACUUGGAAACAAUUAUGAACGACACAUUUACCAGAGAUCCUAUACUUUCCAAAUACUACACCAAGUCUGUGAUCACCGCCUUCAGUGAAGGAACCAUCGCGUAUCAUUGGUCUCAGUUUGAUGUUCCUGAGAUGGACCAGGAGAUGGUCCCACAGGUGUCAGAGGAGCGCGUUGUCGAGGCUCUUCGGAGGAGCAUCCGGCAGGAGGGCAGACGUGAAGGGAAAGUUGCAGUAACUGCCACCGACAUCACUGCUUCAACCACAGACCCUCGGAUGGCCAGGGACCCCAACUCUAAAAACUGCUUUUUCUCUCUCACCGCUGACCCCACCACCAAAGAGUUCUCGUCUCCAGGAAACCCUAAGUCAUACCCAGCUUACUCCCGAUGCCAGUGGCAGAUCCGCGCCAAUAAAGGCUCCGCCAUCAUUGUCAAGUUCAAGACCUUCAACAUCGAGGAUGACUGUUACAAUGACUUUGUGGCGAUUUAUGACUCUCUAAGUCCUGACCGCUCUCGUGCCAUCACAAAACAGUGUGGUCUUCGUCCACCUACAAAUCCUCUUGAGGUGGUUUCUUCUGGUAAUCUUAUGCUUGUCAACCUGGUUACAGAUGAAGUCCGGAAACCAGGAUUCAGAGCAACUUACAAUGCAAUUCCCAUUACUCCAGCUGGGAGGUGUGGGCAAAGUUUGACUGAUAGUACAGGAGAGUUUACUUCUCCUUAUUUUCCAAGUUUCUAUCCUCCCUCGGUGGAUUGCAGCUGGAAUAUUAAAGUUCCUGAGGGCAAAAACAUAAAGAUUGAGUUCAAUAUGUUCCGUUUGAAAGAGCCGGGGGUGGACCCUAACAACUGUAACAAAGACUACAUAGAGGUGCUUGGUCAAAAGUAUUGUGGGGAGAAGAGUAGACUUGUUAUCUCUAGCAAGUCUAAUGUCUUGGAAGUAAAGUUUCAUUCGGAUGAAUCCUACACUGAUAAGGGGUUCAAGCUCACUUACACCGCAUUUGACCCUGUAAACCCUUGCCCUGGUCAGUUUGCUUGCAGUUCAGGCUAUUGUAUCAGAAAAGAGCAGCUCUGCGACGGCUGGAACGACUGCCAAGACAUGAGCGAUGAGAAAAAUUGCAAGUGUAAUGAGGAUCAGUUCACUUGCAGCAAUGGCCUCUGUAGGCCUCAGUUCUUUGUUUGUGACAGAGCGAAUGACUGCGGCGAUAACAGUGAUGAGAAAGACUGUGACUGUGGCAGAGCACAGGUGAGGUGUGGCAACGGCGCCUGCAUCAUGCAGGAUUUUGUUUGCGAUGGAAAAAAUGACUGUCUUGAUGGAAGUGAUGAGGUCUCCUGUGCAGCAUCGCCUGGUGUCUGCAAUGAUUUCUCCUUCAAGUGUAAAAACAAGCAAUGCGUAAACAAAGUGAAUGCGGAAUGCGAUCGUGAAGAUGAUUGCUCAGAUGGCUCGGACGAACAAGGAUGUGACUGCGGGACUCGGCCAUACAAGCAUAACCGUAUUGUGGGUGGUCAGAACGCAGAUGUGGGUGAAUGGCCGUGGCAGGUCAGUCUUCAUUUCAAGACCCAAGGACACGCUUGCGGAGCCUCGAUCAUCUCCAACAAAUGGCUGUUGUGUGCUGCCCACUGCUUCAUCCAACCUGAUCCAUCAUACAAGAUGACAUCCAGCUGGAUUACGUACAGUGGGCUGCGGGACCAGAACACCCAUGACAAAUCGGUUCAAAUGCGAGAUUUGAAGACCAUCAUCACCCACCCAAACUACAACGAUUUGACCAAUGACUAUGAUAUCUCUCUCCUCGAACUGAGCCAGCCGCUGAACUUCAGCAACACUGUGCAUCCCAUCUGCCUUCCAGCGACGAGCCACGUCUUCACAGCCGGCAGCUCCUGCUUUGUGACGGGCUGGGGGACGCUUCGAGAGGGAGGAAGCGCGGCUCAAAUCCUUCAGAAAGCAGAAGUAAAGGUGAUUAAUGAUACAGUGUGCAACAUGGUGACCGAAGGUCAGGUGACCUCUAGAAUGAUGUGCAGCGGCUACCUUUCUGGAGGUGUGGAUGCUUGUCAGGGAGAUUCGGGUGGCCCUCUUGUGUGUCUUUCCGAAGGUGGCAAAUGGUUCCAGGCUGGCAUAGUGAGCUGGGGAGAAGGCUGCGCUCGGAGGAACAAGCCUGGCGUUUACACGCGUGUCACCAAACUGCGGGAAUGGAUCCGUGAAAUCACAUCCUUAUAGUGGAGCCUGGACCUGCAAUCACAGCGACAACCAAAGCAGAAAAACCGAAAUGUUCAGUGGCAGCACAUUUUAGGAAAGUUUGUGAACUGCACGCACACAAAGUUAAAGCAACACUCCAAAUAGUUUUGCAAAUAGGCUUCUUUUACAAGUAAGCUAAAGUUAAACCGUAUCUAAUUUUUAUUCCAUUCAGCCAAUCUCUGGGUCUGGGGAAGAACUUUUAGCUUAGCUUACCUUAGCAUAGCCAUUGGGUUUUCUGAUGAGUGUGUUGUUAGGUAAAGGAGUAAACUUUUUAGCGAAUGUUUAUUGCUGUCAUUUGUGUUUAUUUUAAUUGUAAUCUUAAAAUAUACUGAUUUUACUGUCAAAACGUAAACAAGAUUUAGCUUAGCUUAGCAUAGCCGUUGGGUUUUCCGAUGAGUGUGGAUUGUCAUUACUGAGGGAGUAAACUUUUUAGUGAAUGUGCAUAUAGUUGUCAUUUGUGUUUAUUUUAGUAGUAAUCUCAACAUAUGCUGAUUUUACUGUCAAAACAGGAAGAACUUUUAGGUUAGCUUAGCAUAGCCGUUGGGUUUUCUGAUGAGUGUGGAGCGUCAAUAGGUAAGAAGUAAACUUUUUAGCGAAUGUACAUUAUUGUCAUUUGUGUUUAUUUUAAUAGUAAUCUCAAAAUAUGCUGAUUUUACUGUCAAAUGGGGAGAACUUUUAGCUUAGCUUAGCAUAGCCGUUGCGUUUUCUGAUGAGUGUGGAGCGUCAUUAGGUAAGAAGUAAACUUUUUAGCGAAUGUGCAUUGUUGUUAUUUGUGUUUACCUUAAUAGUAAUCUUAACAUAUGCUGAUUUUACUGUCAAAAUUGGGAGACCUUUUAGCUUCGCUUAGCUUAGCAUAGCCAUUGGGCUGUCUGAAGAGUAUGGAGCGUCAUUACAUAAGGAGUAAACUUUUUAGUGAAUGUACAUUGCUGUCAUUUGUGUUUACCUUAAUAGUAAUCUCAGCAUAAACUGACUUUACUGUCAAAACAGGGAGAACUCUGAGCUUAGCUUAGCUUAGCAUAGCUGUUGAGUUUUCUGAGUGUGAAGCAUUGUUUUGGUAAGGAGUAAACUUUUUAGCGAAUGUACAUUGCUGUCAUUUGUGUUUAUUUUAAUAGUAAUCUCAAAAUAUGCUGAUAUGACUGUCAAAACAUUGCUAAUUUGACCCCGUAUGAAAGCAAAAUGUUGCUAAUUUGACCCAGUAUGGGAGCAGGUAUGGCACAAGAUAACCUAAAGGAGUUUUGAAGUUUUAGGACUUUUAAAAUAAUAUAGUGUUUUUUCUACUGCAUAUAAAAUAAGCACUGAUUAUUUUAGAGUAACAUAAAUUCAAGUUUAAAUCAGCUAGCCUAAAAGUGAUUCUCCUUGACCUUAUUUUAUAUCAAUAUUUGUGGAUAGUAGGCCUAUGUACAGUAUGCACUCAAUGGCUGGACUUACGACUUUCCAUUUUAUGUUAUUCACAUAUUAUUACUACAGCUAUGGGGGAAAAAUAUGAGAUUACUAUAGAAUUCCCAGUGUCUUUGUAUUUGCUAUGUUAAUAAUAUAUAUAUUUUUUUUUUGAGUAAAAUAAUAUUUUUUGGUAGUAUAAAUCUCUAAAGAAUCAAGAGUUUUGUUUUUUCUAUUUAAAAGUUGACUCAUCUUCUGUAGUUACAUCGUGUACUGAUACUGAUAGAAACUGAAAAGUGACAUUGCUGGAAACUAUUUCAAGUGUGCAUAAUAUUGCGGCUGCUGCAGCCAUGGUACAGCAGCAAACAUUCCUUAUUAUUAUGCUGGAAUGAGAGUAUAGUUUCUAGCCAUAUCAGUCUAGAAAAUAGCAACUUUUCAUUUCCAGUUGAUCGUAGUACACAAUGUAAGUACAGAAGUGUAAUGACUUAAAUAAGAAUUAUCAAAACUCAUUUUAUAUCUUUUUUUAGUGAGAUGCUAAUGGUCUAAUCUGUUUUAAUGAUCUAUGCUAAGCUAAGCUAAUAGUGCUCCUGCCAGACCAGGAGAUCGGCUGACAUUUAGAUUCAAGUACAUUCAGAUUCCACUAAAAUGAGGUUAUAUGUGAAUAUGAUGAACUGUUACACUCAUUUACCAACUGCUUUGUCUCACAGAUGUAUCGCUUCCAGGCGUUCAUAUCAGAAUCCUUGAAUAAGUAACUUUUAUAAAUGUCACUUGGAGAUCAAGCUGUUCUAUAAUGAGACUGGCCUGAUAGACGUCAUGUUGUUAUCUUUUUGAAUGAACUUUCCCAUGCUCAAAAUGUGCCUUUCUUUCCAGAAACUACACUGUGUAUCUAUUCAGGAACAAUGGCUCUUGUGUAGCUGAAGUUCCAGUGCCUGUUUUAUUUUUUAUUUCUUUCUCUCUUUUAGUGAAGGUCAAAAGCUUCUUUGCAAUCUAGAAAUUCCUGUAAGCAUCCCACUCAGGCUGACCUUCCUUCCUCACAUCUGUGUGAUCUCAGGACCUCUGUGCCGAAGCUCUAAAAUGGAGGAUUAGGUAAAAAUAGGAGAUUUCCGUCAUCCAUUUGCCAAUACAACCAAGGCCAACAUGGGUCACUCACUUCUGCUGCAUGUUAAAGUUCCAGCCAAUCAAUGUCAAAGCUGCUGGCGGAAACACCCAGCAGAAUGGUCUCUCCUUCAAAGGGUCCCGAAUUAUUGAGGAAUCUAUAAUGCCGAUUCCUCAUAAGCUUGGCAAGUUUCUUUCCCAUGGAAAGUCCACUUGCUUAGUAUGAUUUUUUUUAGGGUUUUGACUUAAUUUCCCAGUAUAGGCACAAGAGAGACGUAAGCUGUAUUUUCAGAGUUGUCAAACAAGAGAUGAUAUAUUUAUAUACUACCAGAGUUUCAUAUAGGAUCAUGAUGCAGUUUAAUCUUCUGAGGGCUUGUUAGGCUUGGAUUUUUAAAUAUAGCUUCAACCAAAAUUGAUUGUUAAAUUGUAAGUGUUUAUUGCUUUUAAAUGUCUGGGUGACUAACAUUUGUAAAUAUUUCACAUGCUCUUAUUAAUAUAGUGGAAUACUUGGUGCUUUCUCUUCAGUUUUGUUGCAUUUUGUAUUUUAAACGUUUUUUUUAAUGUAUUCAGAUUUUACAACACUGUCUUGACAAAUAAAAUAUGUGGUGGUUUUACA